AUGAACGAGGAUGAUAUUGCCGAUGGAGAUGUUGCUGAAGACAGUACUGACAGUGAAGCAGACAUGAACAAGGAUGAUUUUCCCAAUGGAGAUGUUGCUGAAGACAAGAAUCACAGUGAAGCAGACAUUAACAAGGAUGAUGUUCCUGGCGGAGAUGUUGCUGAGAACAGGAAUUACAGUGAAGCAGACAUGAACGAGGAUGAUGUUCCCAAUGGAGAUGUUGCUGAAGACAGAACUGACAGUGAAGCAGACAUGAACGAGGAUGAUGUACCUGAUGGAGAUGUUGCUGAAAACAAGAAUGACAGUGAAGCAGACAUGAACAAGGAUGAUUUUCCCAAUGGAGAUGUUGCUGAAGACAGUACUGACAGUGAAGCAGACAUGAACAAGGAUGAUAUUGCCGAUGGAGAUGUUGCUGAAGACAGAACUGACAGUGAAGCAGACAUGAACGAGGAUGAUGUUCCCAAUGGAGAUGUUGCUGAAGACAGUACUGACAGUGAAGCAGACAUUAACAAGGAUGAUGUUCCCAAUGGAGAUGUUGCUGAAGACAGUACUGACAGUGAAGCAGACAUUAACAAGGAUGAUAUUGCCGAUGGAGAUGUUGCUGAAGACAGUACUGACAGUGAAGCAGACAUUAACAAGGAUGAUGUUCCCAAUGGAGAUGUUGCUGAAGACAGUACUGACAGUGAAGCAGACAUUAACAAGGAUGAUAUUGCCGAUGGAGAUGUUGCUGAAGACAGAACUGACAGUGAAGCAGACAUGAACAAGGAUGAUAUUGCCGAUGGAGAUGUUGCUGAAGACAGAACUGACAGUGAAGCAGACAUGAACGAGGAUGAUGUUCCCAAUGGAGAUGUUGCUGAAGACAGUACUGACAGUGAAGCAGACAUGAACGAGGAUGAUGUUCCCAGUGGAGAUGUUGCUGAAGACAAAAAUGACUGUGCUGACAGUGAAGCAGACAUGAACGAGGAUGAUGUUCCCAAUGGAGAUGUUGCUGAAAACAAGAAUUACAGUGAAGCAGACAUGAACGAGGAUGAUGUUCCCAAAGGAGAUGUUGCUGAAGACAGUACUGACAGUGAAGCAGACAUGAACGAGAAUGAUGUACCUGAUUGA